AUGAACUCCAACUCUGACUAUCAUUUUCUUUUCAAAGUAUUACUCAUAGGAAAUUCUGGUGUAGGCAAGUCGUGUAUGCUUAUGAGAUAUUCUGAAAAUCAAUUCACCAAUAAUUUCUACAACACCAUUGGAGUGGAUUUUAAAACUAAAACUGUCGCCAUAGGAGAACAUAAUGUUAAAUUGCAAAUUUGGGAUACUGCUGGCUAAGAUCGAUUUAGAACUAUAACUUGUAGUUAUUAUAGAGGUGCCCAAGGUAUUAUAAUCGUUUAUGACAUCACUGACAGGGAAUCCUUUGAAAAUGUGAAAACUUGGAUUGCAGAAAUUGAUAAGUAUGCAUCUGAAUCAGUGAACAGAAUGCUAGUAGGAAAUAAGGCUGAUAUUACAGAAAGGAGAGAAGUCUCUUAUGAAGAGGGUUUAGAAUUAUCAAGACAAUUUUAAAUUCCAUUCUAUGAAACAAGUGCCAAAUCUUCAAUAAAUAUUGAGGCUGCUUUUACUCACAUAACCAAAAAUAUUUUGAACCGUGAAAUUCAUAACACCAAAGCAGUAGUUAGAAAAACAUCGAAUAUGAGAUUAUAAACCAGAUAAUAGCAAUAAUAGUAAUAGGAAAAGAAGAAGCAAGAAGAUUUAUGUUGUUGA